UUAAAGACCCCGCCAAGUUAGUGGAAAUUGAAACUAAAAUCACCCAAAAUAUUUACCAAAAAGGGGUGAAAGGAAAAGUGGCAGACUUAACUUCGCGGGUUAAUCAAGUGCUAAAAUCAAAAUCCAAUCAAAAAUCUCAAAUAGCGGCACUCAAAAAAGAAUUAUUAGAAUUUAUUAGUAGCAGUAAUGUUUAUUAUUCUGCUCACCAAAAGGAAAUUAAAAGUUUACUAACCAAAUUGGAAAGUUUAGAGAGUAGCGAGAACCAGCAAACUAACUCUCCCAUCACCAAACCCAAUAAUUUUCCUUUAAAGAUGCUCAUUCCUCUCUUGCUGAUUGGAAUAUUAUUAUUAAUGAUAAUCUGA